AUAGUAUAGCACAUACAAUUACUAAUAUAUUUUACAAGGAUUGGUGUAUUCACGAAGUGAUUUAUGAUAAACAUAGAAAAAAAUCUUUUGCAAUGGAAAGGCAUAUAAAACCUUUGACAAAUCACAAUGUGGAUUCUCAGUUCCUGGCUGUGUUAGCUGCAAUAAUUGCAAUUAUUGUAACUAUAGUGUUAUUUGCCAUAUGGCACAAGAGGAGGUCUAUAGGAAACAGUAUAUUAUUAACUGGUCUUAGUGAUGCUGGUAAAACACUGAUAUAUGCACGUCUACUUUGUUCUAAAUUUGUUAAGACACACACAUCUGUAAAAGAAAAUAUAGGAGAUAUCAUAAUCAAUAACCGGUCCUUAAAGAUUGUUGAUAUACCUGGACAUGAACGUUUACGUUACAAAUUUUUUGAUCAAUUCAAGUUAUCCGCAAAAGGUCUUGUUUAUGUGAUCGAUUCAGUGACUUUCCAAAAAGAUAUCCGAGAUGUAGCAGAAUUUUUAUAUAACUUACUCUGUGAUCCUGCUAUACAUAAGAAAUCUAUACUUGUAUUAUGCAAUAAACAAGAUCAGACUAUGGCAAAAGGUGCAGCUGUUAUAAAGACUCUAUUAGAGAAAGAAAUGAAUUUACUACGUAUGACAAAAACAAGUCAGUUAGAAGCUACAGAUGCAUCAGCAACAAAUGUUUUCCUUGGCAAGCAGGGGAAAGAUUUUGACUUCUCCCAUUUGGAUACAAACAUUGAGUUUGCUGAAUGUAGUGCAUAUAAUAAAGAUUCCGAAACUUCUGCGGGUAUUGAGCAAUUAAACAAUUGGCUAAAGAAAAUUGUAUAAAAAUAUUCUUUCACUUAUUGAAAUAAAUUAUUUGUUUUUAA